GAUCCAUUGAACCCAGACGUAAAUCGCACUCCGAUUUCAGCCCCGUUUUGUUCACCUUCAACCGCCGGCGAGCGAAAAUUGACCAAUGAUCAAGAUCUGAUCCGGCAGAUAUGGCAGGCUUACUGGCAUGGGCGACGGACGUAGUGAGAGCCGGAGGUGGUGCAACCAGCGAGGAAGACGAGUCUGAUUCCAUCCCCUUGCUAUUCAAUCCAGAACAGGAGAAGUACGUUAGGGAGUUGGACAUAAAAGCAGCGUCGUUGAGCCGGUCCGUACAAGAUCUCCGUAAUAGAAUACCUCCACCUGAUAUUUCUCAGCGCCUCCCUGACCUCCACGCACAUUCCCUCGCCUCAAACGCUGCCUUAGCUCUCCAAUUGAAUGCUCACUCUUCCACCAAAGAACAGGCACAACUACGAGAACUUACCUUGCACAAAGAAAAUGCUGCAUUUGAAAAUGCCAUAUCAGAGUGUGAGAGUAAGAUACAAGAGAAGUUGCGUGAAGCAGAUCAACUUUGUGCUAAGCUAGAGGAAAUUGAUGCAACUCUGACAACCGAGCUGCAACAUGAACAAUCUGCACCAGAUGAUGAUGAAUCUGGCGACUCAACUGAUCUUUCGCUUAAAUCAAAAGCUGAAGCAGAAGCACAUACCAUAGCUUCAAUUUCUUCCCUGCAGGAGAGCUUAGAGAACAAGAAAAAGGAAUUGGCUUAUAUGGAAGAGUUGGUUGAAAACUUAGAGAGACAAUGGUCAAAGGUUCAAGAAGAAUCACUAAAGCGGCCUUCUCCAGCUCAGCGAGAGAAGAUGUUGGAUAAACAACUUCACAGCCUAUUGGAACAAUUAGCUGCAAAGCAGGCUCAAGCAGAAGGUCUGGCGGGUGAAAUCCAUUUAAAGGAGAUGGAACUAGAUAGGCUAAAUGGAUUAUGGAGGAAGGUUGAAACCAGCACUGCAGAGGCAAAUGCUGCCAGAAAUAGGUUUGGAAGAAGUAACUCUGAUAAAGGAAAUCUUUCAUCUGAUUACAUUGUUGAUCCUCGUUACAAGCCCACAAGUGGGCGAACAGAGGCCCUGCAGAGGCAAGUGCUGCUCAGGUCGGCUUUCGUGCUCUAUAUUCUCAUCCUGCACAUAUUGGUAUUUAUCAAGAUAUCGUUCUGAAGAUUUCCUACAUGCAUGAUUAAAAACAACUAUGUAAAUAUUUGUACAUCUCUUGUUUUGAACUCUCUCCACUUCAAUCUGUUAUUCCUGAUGUCUAUGUUCCUAAAUUCUAACCAAUGUUUAUGUUUCUUCUCUUU